UCUCUUCAACGGUGAUAUACAAGUUAUUCAUACCUAUUUUCACACAAACCCACGCAAGCACAAUAAUAUGUUUUAGUAGCAGAUACUCUCAUUGAAACGAAAUGUCGUGUUGUUGGUUAGGCAGUGAUAGCUUCGCUGGGUCCGUGUGAAAAAAGGAUAUUAUUAAAUUAUAAAAUUUAAAGGAGACUGUGGACGUUAUCCAAUCCACAAAUGAAACUAAACUUAUUUAACAUAUAUAUAGUUUGAUAAAACAUAUGGAAUCUGAAUUGUCACCAGAUGAAGAAAGAAAUGCACCACCGUUGCCGAUAAAAACAUAUCAAUGGGAGGAUCUGCGAAGAGCUCGUGAGGCCGGAGGUUAUCCCUGGACUCAUCUACUGAAGGUCCCUCUCGAAGGUGAAAUAACAGCAGAAGAUAUAAUCAGGUCGACCACGCCGAGAAGAAGCAUGUCUCGCGAGUUCUCCAAAUCUCGUACUCAUUCUCCUGUAGACCACGACAUGCAAAAGAUUCUUAAUCUUGAUUCAUCACCUGGAAGUAGUAGAAAACAUGAUGAAGAAGGAAAAGAUGAAGGAGUACACAUACCAAAUUUUUCUAAAGAAAUAUCAUUAGAUUCAGAAGAAGAUGUUUUGAAUCAUACGGCACCCCCACCUCCUCCUGUACAUUUAGUGACGCCUGUAGAAGUACCGAAAAAUAUUUCUCCGAAAAGUAUCCUUAAGCGACGUGCCCCAGAACAACAAUAUAUAGGCAUGAGUGAAACACGUGAGAAAACUAAAUGUUGUCAUCCCUUGGUAAACAAAAUAAAACAUUUAGCGGAUAGAACAUUGCACAAGUUAGAAAAAAGUGAAAAUGAAAAAUCACCUUCGUCAAAACGAAAGAAAAAUGAUGAUAUUCAAGAAAUACGUCAAUUAAAAAAUUCACCAGGCGCAGUACGUCGGCAAAAAUUCAGUGCAAUUAAAUUAGGAGAUUCUGAUGAAGUAAGUAGAACUAUAAGCACGGAUACACCACCACCUAGGAAGAAAAAAGAACACAUUUAUGAGGAUAUAGACGAAUCAAAAGGGCAAGAUACUGAAAAUACUGUGUCUUCUAGUCCCGAUACUCAAAACAAUGUUAUAGAAGAGAACAAGAAAGAUGAUUCUUACGGAGAAAAGAAAUCGAAUGCGUCCUGUGAUCCAAGCUUAGUAGCUGAGGAUACUUCAUCACUCAAAAACGAAGAACAUAUUAUGGAAAAAUUGCAUAAAAAAAUGGAUUUAGACUGUGAUGCAGUAUCAGAUGGCGGUAGUGACACAGGUGAACCCAGAGUCGAAGAAGAAACACAAAAUGAAAGUAAGGUGACUCGUCCAAAUGACAAUUCAUAUAAUAUCACCAUAACCGAAAUUACUGACGAUGAAUCAGCAAACAAUAUGGAACAGUCUAGUACAAUACCAAUAGAAGCCUCCCCAAGCCCUAGCCCAAGGGAACUAGAACGUAAACGGAAAGACGACUUUCAAGACAACGAUUGGUCUAAACAGAGCAGUGAUCACGAAUAUGAAAUCAUCGAGAAGCCACCACCUAACAUUAUUUACACGGCACCAAGCGUAGACGAAAAACCCACAAUGGUAAAAACCGAUGACGAAUUAUCGAGUACCACAUCGUUGGAAAGAAAAUAUUUACAACAUACAUCUGAUGAAGAAGAACCUAUAGAUGAAAAAGAAAAUGAUAUUGAAGAGAAAACUGAUAAUGAAAUUGUCCUAAGCGCAGAGGCUUUACAAAAAGACAUCGAAGAUAGAUUUUUUGUAAAUACACCUUCAACGGUAUCAAGGACGGAGUGCGAAGUUAGCACAAGCCAAGUCGAUUCAUCCGCAUUAGAAAAUUUACCGUUAAAACGAGACAGUCGAACGAAAAAUGGAGAGAGAGUGGAUAGUAAAUUACAACAACGUUUUAAAGAAGGCACGGGAAAAAUUAAAACGCAAGCGGGAAAAUUAAAAACUAAAAUAAAUAACUUCAAAAUGCCGGAUAGACCUAAAUUUAAAAUGCCUGAGCGACCUAAAUUUUCAAUGCCUGAUAAAAGUAAAUUUAGUUUACCGGAUAGACCACGAAUGAAAAAUUUCAAUAUACGUGAAAAAUUAUCAUUGGGAGACCGAAGAAAAUUUUCACUACCAGAAAGACCCAAAUUUAAUGUACCCGAUUUCCCAAAAUUCAAAAUGCCUGAAAGACCUAAAAUAAAUUUUCCUAGUCUUGGCAGGAAAAAGGACCAAAAAAUUGAAAACGAUAUAACCGAAUCUAGUUCUGAUUUACAAAAUACAGCUACAACAGCUACAGUUGAUUUUGAAGCAAAAACAUAUCCAAGGCUGUUUUCUAAGAAGAAGAAAACUCCUUUACCAAAAACUUCUUCAUCCCCCACUUUAAAUAGGGACGACACACCACCACCUACAUUCACCUUUACUCGGGUAAAAAAGACUGGUACUGAAUCCUCUUACCAAUCAAAUGAUUCUGAGCAACCACGUGAAUAUGGUAACAUUGACCAGGACGAUAAUUUUGGUAGUGGAGAAGAAGGUGGAAAGCAAUUUGAGGCAACUUAUGAUUUCGAUAAAGUUCCGGAUUAUCUCGAUGAAGAUGCUGAUUUUAAAGCAUCGUCGAAUUCACCUUCUAUGUCUGCCCUAUCACCUACAAACCAAGAAUACACGCACAUUAACGAAAUAAACAAUGACGAAUUUUUUGUUCGACCGAGAGGAAUAUCUCGGGAAAAUAUACAAGUAAGAGAGUACUUAAGCGACGAAAUACGACAGGCAUUUCAAACUCCUAAAAAUGUUCUUGUUACUAUGGGAAACGACUCUAAAGGUGACGAACAUAUGUAUGCUAAUGAUAUAGACAUUGAUAACGAUCUGAUCGAUGAUAAUGAAAACUUGAAAUAUUCAACGGAAGAUAUCAACGAUAGAGACGACGGCUAUUAUACGUUCCCUCCUGUUAGACCUUCUAGAGCCAAAAGAAAGAAAAAAGAAACUGAAUCAAUCAAAUACAUAGAUGACAGUGUGACAGCAAGUAUGCAAUUUAGUGAAGUAGAUUUAGGAAUGUCCGAAGACCAACUGGAUAACCAAGAGACAAAUGAAGAGAUAAUGGAUGACGGCUUAAAGGAUAGUCAUGAAUUCAUACAAUAUACCUCAACUGAUUUACGUUCAAUACACGAAUAUGCAAAUGAUGACCUUAUAGAAUAUCCUGAACAACCUAUUCAGGCACAAACCCUUCCAAUGCCACCAAAAAGAAAAAAGAAGUUUGGCAAACAAGAACAACAGCACUCCUCUAUGUCUGAUUUUAAAAGGAUAAAUGAAUCUGGAAAAUUAGACGAACACAGUGAAGACAUAAUCGUUUAUCGAACUGAACACGAAUACACAGUUCCUCUAGCUGAAACGACCACAGAUCCGAGCCCAGCGCCACCCCGUAGAACUCGAUCCAGAAGCUCACGUGAACCAUCAUUGUAUGAUGAUGACCGUACAUCACGAGGCGCCGAGUCACUCACCCUUGACACAAACCUUCCCCCAGCAGACGACAUCUCUAUCGAAAGAGAGAGUCGUCACGAAAGUCCUGGAUACGCAACUGUAGAUAAAGGUAUAAGUUCGCCAACAAAAUCUGCAAGGAGAUCAAAGAGUAAAACACCACCUGUCAGACGCCGUAAGAGUAACAGUUCAGAACGUAAGUAUUACACAGUUGGUGGAGGUAAAAAAGUUGCGCCAGAUCGCCCUCCUAGGAAAAAAUCUUCAGCUAGUCUUAUGACUUUAGAUAGUUUCGCCAAAAGGUCAAUUAGUGGCGAUUUUACUCAAUACGUUGAGAUUGAUGAACCACAGCCUGAAGACGCUCACAAAGAUCUAAAGUCUGGUGAGAUUUUGAGUAAAAUGAAGGACAGGCCACUACCACCACCGCCUCGACCACCAAGGGAUCCCAAGAAAAAGAAAAAAUCUAUGGAAGACACCGACGAAAUUCAGGAAAUGCAGACAUCCACUUUAUUAAAAACGUCAUCUCCUUAUGUGUCAAGUGAAUUUCAGCCUAAUAAUGUAAUAGAAAUUGAGGUUUCUACUCAAACUGAUCCUUUACCUGAAGAUGUUGAUUUUGAUCUAGAUGAAAAUUUAAACAUAUCUAUGUCAAGUUCGUUGAGAGAUCUUGUUAAUGAAGACUCUAUAGUGGGUAAAAGCUCUGAUAAAGCGACUGAUGGCCAUGGAACUAGACCCACUUCGAGAUCUGAAAAAUCGUUAAGACUAUCAGAUCCAAAAAUAACCGAUUUAUCAAAGCCAAGUGGUAUUGGCCGUACCUCACCUACUGUCAUUUUAGUCGAAAAGCGCGUUUCCAGUCCGACAAGAAUAAAUGAACGCGAUGAGAUAUUGACAGAAGCGUCUUUAACAGUGCAGCCCAUAGAUGUCGUUGAAGAACAGAUACCUGAAGUUCCACCCUUACCUAAAUCUAGAGGUCCAGCAACGACAGUCUCUCAAGCUGCUAAAGAAAUUCCAACGACGGAUCGUGCCCUUGAACGGGUAUCAGACGUCGGUAGAGAUAUUCAGUUGGAUAACUUAGUUACGCAACGAUUACAGGUUAGAGAUUUAGAUGUUGGAAGAUUGAACGUUUCAGAAUUGCAAGCAAGUAAAAUACUUGUUUCUGAUAUAGAAGGUAUGACAUUGCAUGUAAAUGAAUUAGAUUCAAAAUCAGGUCAUAUUUCAGUAAGUGGAAUAGAGUUUUCCCAGUCAGUUAUUGACGAAAUUGCAAAGAAAUUUGCUGAAAUAUCUACGGUCAGUGUGCCGCAGCCUCCAGCCGAACCACAGCCACCAGUGGUUCCUACAUUGCCAAAACCAGAUAAUAAAGAAGAAGAGACACAAACUGAGAUAAAAGAGGAAAUAAAAAUGGCUGUUGACCACAGUGAACCUUUAUCUCAACAACCCCCACCGACCCAUAGCCCCACACCAAUGGUAGAAGAAAGCAUUCCACCCCAAAGACCUCCUCCACCUGACUUAACGCCACUUCUAUAUUCGUACUUGCAAGAUAUUGCCGCACCACCGCCGACCCUUUACUUCCCCCCAAGGGUUAGAGAGCCUUCUUUUACUGAACUACAGGAACUUCAUCAUGCAACACCGGCGCCGCCAGUUCGUAGAGCGAAGCGGAAGCCAGCUGCGGCACACAGCGAAUCCAGUUCAGAUGACGCAAGACCACGGCCUUCGCCUCGGCGAAUGCCUGUUCCGGUCAGAACCCCUGAACCAACCAUAAAAGAGGCCGGCGCUCAAUUCAUUCGAGUCUGUCACAAUUCGAUUAGUAGAGCAGUACGGAAUGUAUUUAACUCCUUCAUGUCCUACGUAAGUGGCGUACAAGACAAGAGAGAUGUUCAAAUGGCAAUGGUAAUUUGUCUAGUACUGGUUGCUGGCUUAAUUAUGUUCGGUUUAAGCGAUAGUAGAACGGUACACCAUCAUCAUUGGGAAUUUUUCAAUCCUCCCGAUAUACCACAGUAAGUAAAUUUUAUAUUUUUGUCACCCUGGAUUUUAUGUAAAGAUUGGUUAUUUUCAAAUUAUAAAACAAAAGUAAAGAAGCAUUUCAGCAAAACCAAACUUUCCAGUAUGACUUAAUCUGUAGUUUAAUAAAAUUGUAGAUAUAAGUAACUGUCGUUAUUUAUUCUUUGAAUUUUGAUGCAAGAAUGGUUGUGUACUGUGCUAGUGAGUCGUGAUUUUCGUUAAAAUCGAUCAGGAUUGUUUCAAUAUGGGAAAUUCGACGGCGCACACUUUAGUUGCACCGUUCCCACUUUCAUUAAUGUUUCCUUCACGACACAAUAGUUAUUAAAUGUAAACUCAAGGCAGCUGUAUGAUUUGAAUAUUGUACGAGAAAACGAAAUUAUGUACCUAGGAACUUUCAAUAGUUUGUCAUGUGUAAGUAAUUGUAUUAAAUUAAUGUUGUGUUCAUCAAAUGGUAAUUACACCUGUGAUUGUCGUCGUUGUACUCCUUUCUAAACGAAAUUUACUAUCGGCUAAGCUAACAAUACUGUUAAUAGCAAUCGCUUUUGCGACAAAACGAUUUCAUUGUUCGAAAUUUUCGAGAAUUUAAAUAUUGUUAUAAUUUUAUAAAUUUUUUGCAAUCUUUGUAGAUAAUGGUAAAAUAAAAACUAAUGUUAACUAGUUGUAACGACAUUAAAUUAUUUAUUAACCGCACAAUAUUCAUGUAGGUGUGGUCCAAUGUUAUGCAUUUUGUAAAUUUUGUUUUGUUGUGUAAACUCUAAUAAAGAUUGUUAACAUGA